AUUCUAAUUCCGAUCCCUACGAAUUUGUUCUACAGUUACGAGGAAAACGUGAUUUUGUCAGAGAAUGACUGACGGAAAAUUUUACGCAGUCGUUGAAUUUGAAGAUGGUCAUCAAAUGAUUCCAUGUAAUUGGUUGGAUCUAAAUGUAAUGAAAGCCGUUUGGCCAAAUUUUACAAAUUACAAGCGAUAUGACAAAGCGGUGAAGUUAAUGGAAGAGCCGGAAUCUACUUGGAUUAAACAUCCCAUUCGAAAAAUAUAUGGAAUAUAUACUAAUUAUACAGUGGCACAGCAAAAGUUAAAAGAAGCUGAAAAAUUGUCAAAUUUGAGUUCCAGUACGGAAAAAGAAAAGUAUCUUAAAAAAACAAGAAAAAUUAGAGCUGCUAAACUCUUGGACAGUGAUGACGAACUGUCAGAUGACAAUUCUAUUAAAAUCCUAAGCCCUCCUAUAAAAAGACAUUAUUCCAUGUGUCUCUCUACAUCUAUUGCAAAAAAACAGAAAAUCGCAAAAAAUAUACAAGAAGAUUUGAAUCGCAUUCAUGAUAUAGAAUGUCUAAGCACAGAGAAUAUUACAAUGUUAGAUGAUUGCAACGUAAAAAAAGAAAAGGAAGAUGAAUUAGCUUCACAAAAUAUAUCCUUUGUCAAUAUAGAAGACAUCCAUUCUGGAAACAAUGAUAAUGACAGUAAUAAAGACCCACUCUCAAAUUCGAACUUGAAUGAAAAACAAGAUCCACAAUGUGAUAAAAAUUCAUCUAACGUUGAAGAAAAAAACGAAGAUGAUAAUAGUGAGCCAUUAGCAGUGCCAAGUUUCGAACAAAAAGUUAACAAUUUUCAACAUUUUGUCAUACGGAAACUAGUAAAUAUAGAAAAAACUUUAAAAGUAAUAGUAAAUGAUAUGAACCUAUUUCAAAUGACUGUUUUACAAAAGCUUGCAAUUUCGAACAAUGUAGUGGAAAACAAAGAAAAUAUUGAUGUUUUUACUGAUUUACCGUUGAAAGACGAAAAUGAUUUAAAAAUAAUGGAGACAAAAUUAAAAGAGGAUUCAGAGUAUCGAAAUCAAAUGAUUAAACAAUUGAAUCGUGUAACAUCUGAACAUAUUAGAUCAUCUUGCAUACGAUUGGCAAGAGUCACAUUAUCAAAUGAACUGGCAAUAAAAUACAGUUGGCAUGGAGCGAAAAAGAAACUAGUUUUCUCAGCACUGGAGAUAUGCAAAGUAAUUAUGAUUGUGUUGCGAAAUUCACAUCCAAAUGCAACAGACGACGAACUUACAGGUCCUAUUAAAGUAUGGUUAGCCCAUGCAAAAGAACGCUUGAAUAGAGUAAAAGAAUUGCAAAAAAAUAUGGAUGAUACUCAUUGAUAUAUGUAUAUUACACUUUAUUUUAUUUUUCUUUCUUUUGACAAAGUAGAAUGCUACUUUUCGUACUUCUCUCUAUUCAAGUUCUAUAUUAUUUUCUGUAGAGCCUUUUGAACAAAGAAUAAUUAAAUGCCUUCGAUCUC